GACGAGAGGAUGAAUGCAUUUGCGUUGUUGCCUUGCCAUGCGGCGAGAAGAGCUGCGAGCGUGGUGGUGUGGAGGAGCGAUGGCUCGGCCGUGCAUCCGCUCAUGCCGCAUCCAACCAAGCCUCGAGCUGCGCGCUGCAAGAGGCCCGCGUUGGCGCGUGACAGCGGCGUGCACCCUGAGCCGGCCGCGUGGCGCCGCCGACACGCGGGCGCCGAGAGGGGCCAAGCAAGCCUGAAGCUGAACGCUGAAGCGCGAAAGGCUCGCGACGCUUCGCUCUUGCCUCAGGGUACUGAAGCUGCGCACCUCUGCAGCAUGCGGCGGACAUCCGGCGGCUUAUGAGUGAUGGCGCCGGGGCCGUGGGCCGGCGAUUUAGAGCUCAUGCUCGAUGCUCGCACGCCGGCAGAGAGGGA